AUGGGUAUUGAAAUUGAAACCACGUUAACUUUAAGCCAAGUGCAAUCAGUGUUUGGGUUUAUACUUAAUAUUGCUGGUUUAGCAUGGUCAUUCUUGUUGACUAGCAUUGUAAAAGCUCGGAUGCUAGAUAAAUUUCUUAAUGAAAAUGAGGAAAUUACUGUGACAACACAAGCACAAAUAGUGAGUAGUAAUCAUAGAGCAGCAGCAGGUUCUUAUGCAGAAGUAAGUGAAAUGAUGCAGAAAAGAAGUAAGAGUGGCGUACCAAGUGGCAUAAUAGUAGGGCAAAUUCCUAUAGACACUCGCUGGAAAUACAAUGCUCGCUUUGAUGUUGAUCAAGAAUUUACACGAGGAAAUGAUUCUGAAAUAAUUGGAUUUGAGUACAUAAACAGACUAUGGACACUUAGGGUGCAUGAAGGGUUUAGAGUUCCUUUUAACCCAGAUAAUGCCACAGACUUUGAAAUAGUAUUGGUACCUAUUACUGUUAAGGCAUACACAUGUAAAGUAGUGCGUGUUAAAGAGGGUAAAGAUGGAGAUUAUAAUUUAUUACGUCGCUAUACUAAUAUAGAUGUUGAAAUAGCUAAUGUUCUAAUUGGAAGAUCUUGGAAUCUUGCUAUAAUAAACGGAUAUGACACGUCUAUAUAUGAGUAUA